UUUACGUAUUUAUGUCAUAAAAUAUAUCAUUCAAAUAUAAUGAAAAUAAAUUAUAACACAAUUUAUAAGAUAUAAGUUUUAUAUUAUAGGAUAUAAAUGUAAAUAGAGAAGAUGUAAAUAAUUUUUUCAUAUAAACAUAUAUAUAUAUUAUAUAUGCGCAGAAUGUAAAAUAUAACGUGCGCAUAUAUAUAUAUAUAUAUAUAUAAAACACUUGUAUAAGAAAUAUGAAAAAUGGCGUCCGCGUUAGAAAAUUUGGAAACACAAUUAGAGCUUUUUAUUGAAAAUGUUAGACAAAUACGUAUUAUAGUGAGUGAUUUUCAACCUCAAGGACAAAAUGUAUUGAAUCAAAAAAUUCAAGGUUUAGUAAAUGGCUUACAAGAAAUAGAUAAACUUAAAUCUCAAGUUCAAGAUGUUCAUGUACCUUUGGAAGUUUUCGAUUAUAUUGAUCAAGGAAGAAAUCCACAAUUAUAUACUAAGGAUUGUAUAGAAAAAGCAUUAACUAAAAAUGAACAAGUAAAAGGAAAAAUCGAUGCUUAUAGGAAAUUUAAAGCAAAUAUGCUUGUAGAAUUAACUAGAGUUUUUCCACAAGAAUUAGCAAAAUAUAGAGCAAUACGUGGAGAUGAAUGAACUGAAUAUAAAACAAAUUAUCUAAAUCAAUGCAAUAUUUUUUUGUUAAUUUUUUUAUUGUAUUUUAAUCACUUAUAUAAUAAAUAUUUAUUAAACAAACAAAUUUUUAUUAUAUAUGUCCUAUGAACAUACAUUAUUGUGAUAAAUUGUAAUAUAAAUUGUAAUUUAGAUUAUGCAAUAAAAUAUAAUAAAAUAAUUAAAAUAAAA